GGCUCAAACUUUUUGUCCACUGAACUACUCAGGAAAGGUAAGGUACCCUUCCCGUAGGGCUCUUACCACGCAGUCUCAAGCUCCUCGACGUCAACUCAAGAACUGUGGCCCCUGAAUCCGCUUCAAGCAGUGUAAAGAAACUUCCGACUACCAAAAUACGUUGCUUUUGGUUACUUCCCCUCCCUUCUCUUGACCCUUCACAUGAUAAUUCAAGGAUAAUUUGAUGAAGUACCGCUGCCAGGGUUCCUUGAUGCCAAGCAAUUCCUCGGGAGUCCUCAAAACGAAAACUUUUGAAUAUUUAUUCCAAUGCGGAAGAGCAAGCCAUUUGCAUCGGCAUGAUUUAGAGAGGGUCUCUGAUGUCAAAAGCACUCCAUCCAACAUUUACCCCGCCAAGGCUCUUGGAACUACCCCACCUUUCGAAGUUCUAGAUGCCAAUUCGGAUUCUGAAGCCCGUUGUAUGAAAAUUUCUGGACCGAACGUCUCUAACGGCGGAUUUAUGAACUCAAGCGCCGGCACUGCCUUUACUAGACCCCCACAUGAUGCAAUGCUAGUGACGGAAACCUCCAUCUCUUUGCCUGGACCCUUGAUCCCACAGGAGAAGAGUUUGGCAUGUGGAUUGUUUCUGAGUUCAUCUCUUAUUGCUGAGAAAGGAGGAUUCACAUCAGAAGGGAACAGUGUGGCAUGUGAGUUGUUCUUGAUUUCAACUCGUAUGCCUGAGCAAGGUGAGAUUUAUCUGUCUUAUCUGCAUUCAUCCCUUACUAAUUAUGAUUCUACCAACAGCUUUUUGCUGUCAGCCAAAAGCAAUGCCCCCGUCGUCAUCUUCGUUCUCCAAGUCCCGUUUCUGCCCAAUGCAACAACUCUAGAGCAAGCAACAACAGACUUCUCAUACCCCAUUCGCCUCUUACAAAAUAACGAGGCUAGCCUGCAAUCUGAGUCAAGGGUUGAGAUUUUGAGGAACUGCAGGAAAACGAGUGUAGCAUUUCAUCGCGAAAAAUGAUCCUUGCUCCGUAACCGUGAAUCGUCACGGGGUGCUCCCUGAUAGGAUCCUUCUCUAACCAGGGGCCAACCGGAAUGCGCCACACUCCUGGAGUUGAUGUGUAUGGUAUCAUGCAAACCUCAGAUGCUUAAAAGACACCAUCAUCGGUGAAUGCGUUAAAAGGGUCAUGUGAAAAUAAUAUAGACAGUGAAGUGAAAUGUUGAAGACCCCAUCAA